AUGGAAUCGUUGCCUUCUCCAUUUGGCGACCCAGCCCCAAAUUUAUCGGAUUCGGAGCUCCGAGAAACAGCUUACGAGAUCUUAGUCGCAGCUUGCCGGAGCACCGGAAGUCGUCCCCUGACUUACAUCCCGCAAUCGCCGAAGUCCGAUCGGAGCAACGGAGUGGCGACUGCGGCGCUAUCGCCGUCACCGUCGCUUCAUCGAUCUCUGACGUUGACGGCUGCCAGCAAGGUGAAGAAGGCGUUAGGGAUGAAGAAACGAAGCAGCGACGGAGACGGAGGAGGAGGAGAAUCGUCGGGUCAGACGGAUCGGAUCAAGAAAUCCGUCACGGUGGGUGAGUUGGUCCGAGUUCAGAUGCGAAUUUCGGAGCAGAUCGAUUCAAGGAUUCGAAGAGCACUUCUCAGGAUCGCUUCUGGUCAGCUUGGGAGGCGUGUGGAGACUAUGGUUCUACCUCUCGAGCUUCUACAGCAGCUCAAAGCCACAGAUUUUCCAGAUCAGCAAGAGUAUGAAUCAUGGCAGAGGAGAAACUUGAAGCUUCUCGAGGCCGGCUUGAUCUUACAUCCUCGUGUUCCUUUAAUCAAAUCCGAUAAAUCGGUUCAGCAGCUCAAGCAAACCAUCCGGUCUGGUCUCGAGAGGCCGUUGGAUACCGGGAAGAUCACGGGAGAGACGCAGAACCUUAGGAGUCUUGUAAUGUCUCUUGCUAGUCGCUCCAACAGCAACGGGAUUGGCUCAGAGACUUGUCAUUGGGCUGACGGGUUUCCCCUGAAUCUUAGAAUCUAUCAGAUGCUUUUAGAGUCCUGUUUCGAUGUUCACGACGAGCUAUCGGUUGUUGAAGAAGUAGAUGAAGUUUUGGAGCUUGUAAAGAAAACAUGGCCCGUCUUGGGUAUGAAUCAGAUGAUUCACAACGUUUGCUUUCUCUGGGUGUUGUUUCAUCGGUAUGUUACAACUGGUCAAGUGGAGAAUGACUUGCUUGUAGCGGCACAUAACUUGGUACUUGAAGUCGAGAACGACGCAAAGGAGACGAAUGACCCUGAGUUUGCUAAGAUCUCGAGUUCUGUUUUGAGUUUGAUCAUGGACUGGGCUGAGAAGAGGCUUCUUGCUUACCAUGAUACUUUCAACAUCGAUAACGUCGAGACGCUUGAGACAACGGUUUCGUUGGGGGUUUCGGUAGCUAAAGUACUAGUCGAAGAUAGUUCUAGCGAGUAUAAAAGGAAAAAGAAGCAUGCCGAUUCAGGGCGUGAUCGAGUCGAUACCUAUAUCAGAUCUUCCUUGCGUAUGGCCUUUUCACAGACAAAGAAGAUGGUGGAACAUAGCAAGCGGUCAAAAUCUCGUCAGAGCACGAGCAAUCUCCCGGUUCUUGCGAUUCUUGCAGAGGAUAUUGGUCAUUUGGCUUUCAACGAGAAGGCGAUAUUUAGUCCAAUCUUAAAGAACUGGCAUCCUCUUGCAGCUGGUGUGGCUGCAGCGACGCUUCAUUCGUGCUAUGGAACUGAGCUGAAGAAAUUCGUGUCGGGUAUCACCGAGUUGACGCCGGAUGCUAUAAGAGUACUCACCGCUGCAGAUAAGCUUGAGAAGGAUCUGGUUCAGAUCGCGGUUCAAGAUGCAGUAGAUAGUGAAGAUGGUGGGAAAUCGGUUAUAAGAGAGAUGCCUCCUUUUGAAGCGGAAGUCGUUAUUGGCAACCUUGUGAAAUCGUGGAUCAAGACCCGAGUCGAUAGACUCAAGGAGUGGAUUGAUCGGAAUCUUCAGCAAGAGGUAUGGAAUCCGAGAUCGAAUAAACUCGGUAUUGCUCCUUCUGCUGUGGAUAUACUCAGGAUGGUAGAUGAGACAUUGGAAGCGUUUUUCUUGUUGCCGAUACUGAUGCAUCCCGUUUUACUCCCUGAGCUAACGUCGGGUCUCGACAAGUGCAUGCAGCAUUAUGUAUCAAAGGCGAAAUCUUCCUGCGGCUCGCGGAACACGUUUCUACCCGCAUUGCCCGCUUUAACGAGGUGCACAGUCGGGUCGAGACUACACGGUGUCUUCAAGAAGAAGGAGAAGCCGAUGGUGGCUUCUCACAGGAAGAAGUCGCAGCUCGGGACGAGUAAUGACUCGGCGGAAAUACUUCAGUUCUGCUGCAGAAUCAACACUCUGCAUUACAUCAGGACGGAAAUCGAAUCAUCCGGAAGAAAAGCGUUGAACCGUCUCCCGGAAUCCGAGAUAGCUGCUUUCGAUGGUAAAGCCAAGAUCUUUGAGCAGUCGAUCGGUUACUGCUCGAAAGGAAUACAGCAGUUGUCUGAAGCGACCGCUUACAAAAUCGUAUUCCACGAUCUGAGCAACGUUCUGUGGGACGGUCUGUACGUGGGAGAAGUCUCUUCCUCGAGGAUCGAAUCCUUUCUUCAAGAGCUCGAACGGUGCCUUGAGAUUAUCUCAUCAUCCGUUCACGAUAGAGUCCGGACCAGAGUCAUCUCAGACAUCAUGAGAGCUUCUUUCGAUGGGUUCUUACUGGUCCUGCUCGCAGGUGGACCAUCGCGUGGCUUCACGGUUCAGGAUUCCGCUGCGGUAGAUGAGGAUUUCAAGUUUCUAUGCGAUCUUUUCUGGUCCAACGGAGACGGGUUGCCUCUGGAUUUGAUCGAGAAGGUUUCGACGACGGUCAAGAGUAUACUUCCGCUGCUGCGUACGGAUACGGAGUCUCUGGUUGAACGGUUUAAAGCGGUGUGUCUCGAGAAUCAUGGUUCCGACAGAGGGAAGCUUCCGUUACCGCCGACUUCUGGUCCGUGGAGUCCGACAGAAGCAAACACGCUGUUAAGAGUCUUGUGUUACCGUUACGAUGAGUCUGCGACUAAGUUUCUGAAGAAAACGUAUAACUUGCCGAGGAAGCUAACUUGA